AUGAAUGCUUUUCGGUGUCUGAGGGUCGUCGCGCGCCCUGCAACUACUGCCAUCAGACCUUCCCUCACACACGUCGCCGCACCACAACGGAUACUGCAACCCUCCGCCCCCCGCGCCUUCUCCAUGCUCACGCCGCGCCGCCCCAUGCUCUCCGCGCCCAGCACGCUCGCCGCACCUGGCACACCCUCGCAGCCAGUCUGUUCAUCAGAAACACUCGACCUGGUGGGCAAAAUCUCCGCACACCCGGGACUGGGCAGCAUGCAGAUCCGCUGCGGGCCGCGAGAUACGUACAACCCGAGCCAUCUGGUGAGGAAGCGGAGACAUGGGUUUUUGAGCAGGAUACGGACGAAGAAGGGGAGGAAGACGUUGAUGCGGAGGGUUAAGAAGGGGAGGUGGAAUUUGAGUCAUUAG